ACUUGUAUUUAUCUCAAUCUGUUCUUUUCAUCUUUACAAUUUUUUCGCUAAAUCUUAAUUUGUGUUUGUUUGGCAAGAGUGCUGUGAAAGGAAGCAAGUAAAGGGAUGCGUUCAGUGAAGGAGAAGGUGAGUAACGCAGCUAGUGCUGCCCAGGAGCAUGUCGACAUCUACAAAGCCCAUGUUCAAGAAAAGGCAGAGAAAGCGACAGCAAGAACAACGGAGGAGAAAGUGAUAGCUCAUGAGAAAAUGAAAGCAAAAGAAGCUGAAGCCAAGAUGAAGUUGCAUGAGGCCAAAGCAGAACACGCAGCAGAGAAGCUCUAUGGCAAGCACAACCUUCAUCACCAUGAUCCGGUUCUUGCGGGAACCACCGGCCACGUGCCGGUUGGGACCGCGGUGGCCCCGGGCCACACUGGGCAUCACUUGCCUGGACAAGGCCACCAGCACCACCAGCAUCAGCAGCCUGUUGGAACGGUGGUGCCGGGUGCUGGGGUGGCGGCUCCUACAUACCCGCUUGGUGGGAACCCUCCUGGACAUAAUAAUUAUAUCUAGACCCUGGAUGAAAGAGUCUUCUGUUAGGGGUGUAGUCUAGAAUUUUGAUUUGCGAUGCAUGUUUGUUUGUUUUACUUCUUGACUGCUUGAUUGGUGUGGUGUGAAAUUUUAUCAAUGAAAGGUGGUUGUUUGUGAGUUGUCAAUAAAAUUAAUAUUCAAGAGACUGGAAUAAGUC